AUGCGUGCCCCGGCGCGAUCGUCUCGGCGUAUCACCAGCUUGCUUCAUCGCUUUCGAUCAGCCGAGCCAGCCGAGCCAGCCGAGCCAGCCUCGGAUGACAGACUCGAGUUGAGCAGAUUUGGAAUAAGUGAGGUCACGCAUGAUGUUACAGAGCCAGAAGCUACGAUAGUGUUUAUCCAUGGACUUGGUGGACAUCCUGUGAAGACAUGGCGGUACCCAUCAAAGCAAGGUGAUACGUUCUGGCCUCGAGAUUGGCUCCCCCACGAGCCAGGUAUGGAAAGGAUACGUAUUUACAUGUUUGGAUACGCAGCGGAAAUUCAGGCCACGGCGUCCAAGUUGUGUACCAUUUCCGACUUUGCAAAGUCCCUCCUGCUCGAUCUCCUAACCGCAAAACUUUCGGAUGCGCCGAUAAUAUUUGUCUCACAUUCUAUGGGUGGACUUGUCGUUAAGAAGGCGUAUAUGAUGGCAGCACGCGACAGCACCUAUACAGAGGUGGGCAAAUCCAUUUCUCGAGGAGCUAUGAUCUUCCUAGGAACUCCCCAUCGCGGCUCUGAAAAUGCUGCAAAGCUUCACGCUAUUUUAUCUGCGACCAUUGGGUCAAAGCAGUUUGUUGAGGAAUUGAAACGCGAAUCCAUGAGCAUAUCAGCGAUCAAUGAAGAUUUUAGGCACUAUGCAAAAGACGUGUGCUUAUGGUCUUUGUACGAAAAUCGACCGACCUCCAUAGGAGCUGGCCGCAGCGCAGUUCUUGUAGACCGCGAUACCGCUGUUCUUGGAUAUGACAAUGAAGGAUCCUCACGAAUCGAAGGAGAUCAUCGCAUGAUUUGCAAAUUCGAGUCCCGAGGAGCUCCAGGCUACAAGACGAUAAAGAAUCUAUUGGUACACCUCAUCGAAACAAGGGUCCAAAAUAUACCAAAGGCCAUUCCGGCUCCAGAUUCAGCGCCGUUGGAUGACGGACAUCCGCCAGGAUAUACUGUUGGAUCUGGAGCCAGGCAUGCAAGCAUCAGCAGGAGACCCAAUCUUGCAGCGAAACAACUGUCCAAAAUAUUGGGCCAAGACGAUACCAGUGGAGAAAAUUUGCUCUUCUUUCGCGACAAUAGAGUUGUCGCGGACUCUUGUCAAUGGAUCUUUGAGAAGAGCUCUUUCAAAUGGUGGGCAGAUCGGAACUCCACACGGCCAGGCCGGUAUCUAUGGCUCUACGGACCUCCUGCCGCCGGAAAGUCAGUCCUGGUCAGCGCUGUUAUCGAUAAGUUGCAUUCAAAGCACCUGCUCACUGCCUUCUACUUUUUUCGUCGUAACAAUGUUACUGGCAGAACGACGCGCUCAUUUUUGCUGUCUCUCAUAGCACAGAUGUCAAUGCACUCACUCGAGUUCUACGAGAAGCUGAUGGACAUUGAUGCUCAACAAGCAAAGAUUCACUCCAUGCCCACACGAGUCCUCUGGCAGAAAAUAUUCAUCGAUACCCUCUUUGAGAUCAAGAGCUCUGCCGAAAGUCAAUGGUACUGGAUCAUCGAUGCCCUUGACGAGGCUGAUGCGCCAUCAGAAUUGAUAUCGCUCAUCGGCAAGAUCAACUCCCAAACUCCGAUCAACAUUCUCAUCACAUCUAGAGUUGACAUGGACAUCAAACGCAGUCUACAGACCUCUGUACCGAAGCAAGCUUUGCACCAACAAGAAAUUGAACCCGCUGACACAAAGGACGAUAUGGCAGCUCAUGCUCGACACGAGCUGGAAUCGCUUCCAUUUGACCCAAACGAGAUUAGCCAGAUAGUUGAACUCCUUGUUGCAAAGUCCCAAGGAAUCUUUUUGUGGGUUCGGUUCGCCGUGGAAGAAAUUCAAGCGACCGCUCACACGCUUCAAGGUGUGUACGAAGCCUUGGAGGCGAUGCCUUCCGAGAUGGCCAAUUUCUUUCAACAGAUUCUAGACGGCAUGUCUGCCAUGCGUGAAAUUAAUAAGAAAAUUGCCAAGGCGAUACUGGGUAGCACAGUCUGUGCAAUGCGGCCGCUGGGGACGCUGGAGCUGCAAGCCGCUUUACAUCCUACAUUCGGGAGACUGGCCAGUCUCGACUACACAAUCAAACAAGUAUGCCCACAUCUCAUCAAGGUGGACAAAGACUCCGGUAUAGUCCAGCUUAUUCAUGAGACCGUGAGAGAAUUCUUAUUGCAAUGCCAAGAUUCGGAAUUCUCGGUGGAUAGCCUCCAGGCUCAUCAUCAUUUGACGCGAAUUUGUCUGGGCGUCUGGACUGAGGACACUUUUGCUUCCCCAAUCAGCAGCAGUCUUCGACAUCCCCGCAGCGUCGCCGAGUUGAAUGCUAUUCAUCCUUUGCUGUAUUAUUCUGCCACCUCAUGGUUUGACCACCUUCAAAACGCCGCCAUUGAUAAGCCACUAGAGCUGACCAUCUGCGACUUCCUGCGCACGUCAGUGUUAUCUUGGGUCGAGGUCGCAGGACUACUUGGCGACUUGUCGCUCCUCACUGCUGGAGCUCUUGGUUUGGAGACAUUAAUGGUGCAGUCCCCGUUGAUCAGUAACGCGAAUAAGCGACUCGUCUCUGGAUGGGCAGUCGAUCUAGUUCGCAUCGCACCGCAAUAUGGAAGAAACAUUGUGUCAUAUCCAUUUUCAAUCCACAAGCUUCUGCCGCCAUUUUGUCCAGUCAAGACUCAGAUUGGCUCGCAAUUUGGCGCAGCUGGUGACAUCAGCAUCGUUGGUGCUGGUCAUAAGCACUGGGACGAUUGUCUGGCACACAUUACGGUGGCACGCGACGGCGGACUAUGGACUGCAAUAGUGUAUGACGCAGAGACCUGUCAGGAACUUCGCCGCUUCAGCCAUGGAGAGCGUAUUGUUGCUCUUCACAUAAACAGCACUGGCGAAUACAUAGUCACUGGUGAUCUUCGCUCCAUGAAGACCUGGAGAACCAAGACGGGGGAAAUGGUUUCAGAGCUCGCAAAUCCGGGAAGAUCGCGAUGCCUGGGUGCUGCUUUCCGGCCUGACAGCAAAUGCGUCGUCAUAUUCACAUCAAAUGAUUCUAUUGCAAUAUGGGAUCUUCGGCAAAACAGUGCAACUGAAUCACGGCUUGAACGACAGUCUGUGCACGGCAAGUAUCGCGGAUGGCCGUGGGGGGUAGCUUUUGACAAGGACACCACCAAGGUCAGCCUCGCAUACAAGGGAUGGCCCAUCGAGGUGUGGCAUGUCGACCGAGUGGAGAUUGUUGAGAGUGUACCAACCCGUAACCCUCUUGGAUCAUGUUUCAAUCCGUCCAGCAACGACAUCUAUGUGGUGGAUCAUGACAGCACUAUGAUACGAUACGAUAUCCAGGCUCAAACAACAACCCAAAUUCGUCUAGACGUCCGUGUUGCGGUAUGUAAUCCAAGCGGUACUCUCUUGGUUACGGGCGAUUCAAGUGGUGUUUUGAAGUUUUUCGCGGCAGAUACCAUGGAACUUCUCUACAAGAUUGACAAAUACAGCGACAUGGUUACAGGACUUUGCUUCAGUCCCGACGGUACAAAGCUUUACGAUAUUCGGGCAUCAGAUUGCAAUGUUUGGAUCCCUGAGGUACUACUGGUCAGUGUUCGGGAGUACUCAUCCCUGAGCGGAGUCGAGUCGGAGAACAGUACGCUCAGCCGGACAGGUUGCACCAUCACAGGUGACUCGUCAUCCUUGGUUCUGGAGUGGUCCGCUGAUGGUUCAACUCUUGUGUCGAUUGACUCGUCACAACGGUUCAUCGUAAGUCGUCUAAAGCAAAUAUCGACGACGAAAUGGAACUGCGAGAGGCAGCAGGACUUCUAUCCCGGUCAGUCGAAUAAUGGCGCUGUGAGACAGCUGCUCCUUAGCCCGGAUAGCACCCGAUUACUCGCAUCGUUUCGCGGAGCGCACAGCUUUUUCGACUUAAAUACUGGUCAAGAGACUUUACAGACGGCUUUUGAUCAUCCUGAAAACUUGCCAUUCUGGCUUCAACACCCGCACCGCUCUGAGCAGAUUAUCUGCUUGGAUCUUCAAGUGGCAAGAAUUUUUAGCUGGGAUACGUUUGAAACACUCACAAGCACAGACGGCAUUGUUUUGGAUCACGAUUUGGCUGUUGAGUGGGCCGAUAAAAAGGUCAAAACUCUCGCCCAUCUAACCCACGAUAAAAGGUCUAUUGUCAUUGAAUGGUCCACCUUGGAGCGCAAUCCGGUCACAAAGUGCAGCACCUGGAGCAGUUUGGGAUUUGAUACCACAGCUGAGAUCAAACUCCAAGAAUCAAAUAAUUGGCAUCAUCUGCGGCUUGACAGUGUCGUGGGUGUGUACAGAAACCAAGCCGUGUUCCUGGACCAAGACCUUUGGGUGUGCAGCUCUCCAUGCGGCAAGAAGACUGGCGCCACGAGACAUUUCUACAUGCCAAUGGAUUGGCUGAAUACAAGCGAGGAGAGGUUGGCAGUCAUGACGAGAUCUGGAGAGUUUGUAUAUGCUCAGCGUGGAGUUAUUGUGGUGGUGAGAUGUGGAAUGAGGAGCAACCAGGGCCAGGUGUGA